AUGCGGCGUAUAACACAUGCUCUCCUUCGACCUCGACGUCUGCCGGAGAUCACAGUAGCCAUUGUCUGGGCUCCCCACGAGGAAAUUGAAUCCCUCGUCAACGCCACCGAAACCCUUGCGAUCAAGCGACGGACUCCAGGCUUGACAUACACUCCGACAUCAACGACCAAUGCAACAGCCACGUCGUCCACUGCUCAGACUGACGGAAAUCAGGCGGAGCCCAUUGCCGAAAAACCCCAACAAGGUCAAAUCUACUAUAUCCAAACCAAGAUACUCGGCCGGUCUAUCAACUAUGUCAGUCUUGUACGGCUCAUAGUCCUGCCACCUAGGCUUCAAUUCAUAGCCGAUGAGGUCCAAGACCUAGCACCCGGGGUCCGAGCCUUGAUCACUCGAGCCACAACUAUUGCCAUGCCGAUAACACCUGUGCUUCCUCCCGGGCUUCUGCAGAAGAUCACAAUCACCGAAAACAGCACUAUGUCUGCGAGACAGUCACUGGCGCAUGUGCUGGCUGGGGUUGAUCAGUUUGCUGAUUGGGAGAGCAGCGCAGGGGAGCUCUUGCUCUGGUGGCUGAUGCUGCUGAGACCGUAUUGGUGUUGGAUUGGGUUUGUUCUGGUGUUUCUCCCCUUGCUUAUCCUAGUGAUUGUCUUGCCUUGA